AUGGCGUCAGACUUGUUCGGCUCUGAGGUCCUGGAAGUAUCAGCAGUCCAGUUGGACAGCCAAGCCCGAUUUGGGGAACACACGCGCAGUCACCGUCAAGUUCCGAAGAACCUACACCCUGUGGACUCGCUGACGGCACAUGAUCCUGCGCGUCUCGUCAGGUCUUCAUACAGUGUCCGAGUCAAUGAUGCGAAGGAUUUUGCUUCGCAUUGGGAGAACGAGAUCGUCCCAAUGCUUGCUUCGAGCCUUCCAACACUUCUUGUCGGGCCAUUCUCAGUUGAUGUACACACAUAUCCUCAACUCGCUUCGACUAACCCCCCACGACUCCUCGUUGUCACUUCAUCCACCCGCGCCUCAUCUCCUGCAAAGGAGAUCAUUACCAGGAUGGUCGUAGAUUCUCUACCUCUGCAAUAUCGUUCAGUCAAGCUGGAGUUCUGCCAAGGAACGAUCGAAUUAUGCGCUAACCACUUGGGCACGGGUCCGGAUGAUCGAGACAAGCCAUGUCAGCCACGGCGGGCUCAGUACAUGUCUUGUCCUGGGCCAGGUGCUUCAAUUGGCCAGACAGGCGAUCUCAAUAGCGCAUCGCUAGGGGGAUUCGUGAACCUUGGGGGACGGAAAUCGGCAACGACCACUCGUCACCAGCAUGAUGAAUCUCUGGGCUCAUCGGCCGCGCCCUUUGUGGUGGGCCGGGAAAAAAAUGUCAUUCCGACUCCAAGUUUCGCUCACGCAAGCGAGGGACACGUUGUCACGGACUUUGCCGAGGUUUCUGGCACAACAGAGGUCUACGGAGUCGGCCGCACUAGUGGCUACUCCUUGGCAUAUACUUCCGACGUUCCUGGGCUCCAGUACUUCAACGGCGGGUACCAUCGCGAGUGGACUGUCAGACAACACGCACUCAACACCGUAGCUGCACAACAGCUCUCGGAGGGCGGUCUUGAGACUCUGUGCCCAGACCUAGAUCAGAUGAAGUCGACAGAGGAAUGGAUUACGGGAGGUGUUGGCGUCCCAGGAGACUCGGGGGCAUGGCUCAUGACCCGUGAUGGCGAUCGCGUUAUCGGUCAUGUAUGGGCCCGGAGCACAAGUUAUGGACCCAUCAACAACCAAAGGUUGACGUACUUCACCCCUUUUGUGGACCUCAAGGCCGACAUUGAGGACAAGUCUCAAAAGCACUUGUCUCUACCCGUCAUCCUCUCACGAGCGCCAGCACGUCCUCCUGAGCCUUUGACCCAAAUGCCAUCUUCCUGGCUAUUCACCCAAGAUUCAAACGAUCAUUGGAGCCCCGUGUCUUCGCCCACAUUGAGAUCACAGCGGCUGCAGAGUCAACGCUUGAUCAAGGAGACCACCCCCACAGCGAUGAUGACAGCUACUUCAGUCGUGAGCCCAUCACGAAGGGCAUCCAUGCAACAACUCGUCCAACAGAAUAGUUUCGCGCAGCACUGUCCACCUCUUGGCCCCAUGUUCUCCGAUGAAUGUACGACCUCUGACUCUAGAAGGUCCGAGGUGCCAUCAUGGUCACUCGGGUCUUCGACAACUGGGGAAACGGAUACCACACUCUGGAGAACACAGGAUUCAGAGUCCCCCGAUAUAGUCGUCCCUGUAUUUGACGACAGAACUCUUGUUCAAGAGCAAAUGUCAAGCCAGCUUCGCAGGGCCAAGGCAGUCCCCACUGGUGAUGAACUACGCUUGGUGAGGGCGAUAAUGGCCUUGAGCCAGGCGGCAUGUAUGGCUUAAUGAUUUGUUGCCCGUUUAUUCAUUGACUGUCUCCUGAAUCUUCUGGAGUGUGAAAAGGGCAACAGGACACAUUGAUUGGAACUCGAAUUUGGGGGCUGCAAGCUGACCUCCAACAUGAUUUUUCUUC